GAGCGGAGGAGCGGGCUGUCUGUCUGUGCAGUGGAUGUACGGUGGAUGGGGAAGUGAAGAGGAUGAGGGCUGCUGGGGACGGAUGAGCCCUGUCGCCUGCGAUUUGGCAGCGGUGUAUAUAUUUAUAUGCAGGAUCCACCCCCGAAAGAUACGAAAUGGUGCGAUCAUGUUCCGCUGCUAAUUGUGUCAACCGCCAGACCGUGCUGACCAAGCGCAAGGGAAUAACGUUUCACCGGUUUCCCAAAGAAGAGUCUCGGAGGACGCUGUGGGUGAAUGCCGUGUCUCGCUCCCACGCAGCUGUCGGCAGUGACUGGACGCCAUCUGUUCACAGCUCUCUGUGCUCGCAGCACUUCCAUGAUAAGCAGUUUGACCGGACCGGACAGACCGUGCGACUGAGGGACUCUGCAGUCCCCGUAGUCUUCUCAACGCUUACUGCACCACAAGUGACGAUGCCUCGUCACUGCUCCGCUCUUGGCUGCACCACCCGAGAUUCUCGACAGACAAGAGACGAGAACAUCUCUUUCCACAGGCUUCCAAGGAAGGAAGACCAUAGACGGAGCCUGUGGAUUGCAAACUGCAGAAGAAGAGACCCCAACGGCCUUGGGCUUUGGGACCCUUCCUCUGACUAUGUUUAUUUCUGCUCCAAACACUUUGAGAAGAGCUGCUUUGAAGCUGUUGGCAUCAGCGGAUACCAUCGUCUGAAGGAAGACGCUGUGCCAACGAUAUUUAUGCCCUCAUCAAAACUGCAGAGGACAGAAAAGCUCCGAGCACAGAAAAAGAAAAAUUCAAAGGUCACAAAAACAAAAGUAAUGAGGAAAAAAGACUUACUGGUAAACAGUAACACAGCCCCAGCAGAGAGCGCCAAUCCUUCAGACAACCAGAGUUUGGAUAGCGGGAGGUAUGACAAUGUACCCACAACAGAUCUGGUUCACUUCCAUGGACUUUGCCCGGAAAACAUUGAUAUUCCAGGAGAUGCAGCUCCAGCUGAAGGAGCCUUGGCCACCACUGUGGACCACCAGAUGCAUCCAGAGGCGGCACUGGAAGACUUAGAGGUUUCAUCAGCAGUUAAUGGGCCACUAUCAGACUUAGAACUGGCACAUGUACGAGAGGAGAUGUCUGCUGAAAUGUCUCUGAACACAGAAUCAAGCAAACCCUCGGAGGACAAAACUCCUCGGCCAGUGUCUCCCUCCACGUACAUGAUGCGCAUCCCACAGCCGCCAGGAGCUUACAUACAGAAUGAGCAUAGUUACCAUGUGGGAAAUGCACUGUUAUGGAAGCGAAGAGCAGAGGCUGCUCUAGAGGCUCUGAGCAAAGUUCAGAGGCAGCUGGAGGCUUGUAGGAGGCGUGAACAGCGGCUCCGUCUGCGGAUCUCUGCUUUACAGCAAGAGCAUAUGCGGGAGCGGCGCGCACAGUCUGAUGUGAGAGAGAAGCUAAAGGAGCAUCUUCAAGUGUUUGAACUCCAGCUCAUUAAUGACUUUGUGUAGAAGCAGGGGUCAGUAACCUCUGGUACGUCAGCUCUUGUGAAACUACAACCCCCAGCAUGCACACUUGCUCAGCUGUUCUUGAAACUCUCUUAGUAGUAAAUGGAGCAUGCUGGGAGUUGUAGCUUCACAGGAGCUGGAGUACCGGUGGUUGCAGACCUCAGGUGUAGAGUGUCUGCUGUGAGUCAGAUGGGCAGGGGUCCAUUGUUCUGAAAUUUAAGUCUAAUCAUUGAAUAGCCCUCUUCCCUAUUACCAUACAUUGUCCCAUUCAUACAGCUGUUAAGUUUGUUACAGUGUAUCAGUUUAAAAGGAACCUACACAGAAGUUGCAGCAGUGCUUCUCAGCACUCUGCAGCUCUCGCCUGCAUCGGCUAUGCUCUACUUUUCCAGCAUGCAGAGUACGGAUCCUAUAUCCUUUCUAUGGAGCCAGCGUGCACCGUACGGAUCCGAUAUUCUUUCUAUGGCGCCAGCGUGCACAGUACGGAUCCUAUAUCCUUUCUAUGGAGCCAGUGUGCACAGUACGGAUCCUAUAUACUUUCUAUGGAGCCAGCGUGCACAGUACGGAUCCGAUAUUCUUUCUAUGGCGCCAGCGUGCACAGUACGGAUCCUUUAUCCUUUCUAUGGAGCCAGCGUGCACAGUACGGAUCCUAUAUCCUUUCUAUGGAGCCAGCGUGCAGAGUACGGAUCCUAUAUCCUUUCUAUGGAGCCAGCAUGCACAGUACGGAUCCUAUAUACUUUCGUUGGAGCCAGCAUGCACAGUACGGAUCCUAUAUCCUUUCUAUGAAGCCAGCGUGCACAGUACAGAUCCUAUAUACUUUUGUUGGAGCCAGCAUGCACAGUACGGAUCCUACAUACUUUCUAUAGAGCCAGCGUGCACAGUACAGAUCCUAUAUGCUUUCUAUAGAGCCAUACUCUGUGUGUUGGAAAACAAAGCAGAGCCGAUGCAAGCCAAAGGUGUGGCUCACUUUGAGAAGCUCUGCUACACCUUCCAUGCUUUCAGUAAAUGUUUAAGUCCCUUUUAAAGGUACCCUGUCAUGUUCCAUAUGGUGUCUGAGCUGCAGGCAGCGUGUUAUAAAGCAGGAUGAGCGGAGCACAUUGAAAUAUAGUUUUGGGGAAAAAGAUUCAGUGUAAGUUGUAUUUAAUCCAUUUCAAUUCGUGCUCUUUCUGGGCUGUGAAGUCAAUGAGGCGACGGACCUAUCAGCUGUUGACCGUCUUCCCUCUAUGGCUGGAGGAAUUAAAAGAUAUGCAGCGUUUCAUUACAGAAAUGAUUAAGCUUCGUUCACAUAAGAAUGCACAAGCCCUUCAAAGAUUUUUUUCCAUUUGGCGAUGGUGAAUACUGCAGCCCGUCCUUGGAAUUACACCGUUUUAUUUAUUUAUUUUGUUUUGUUUUUCCCUCUGUUUCCCUGACGCUCCUCUGUGCCUUCUUCAUUAUCACAUCAGGUUUGGCCACUUCAGUGACAAUACUAUGGAUAACACAACUCCUUUCUUCAAUUGGCCUCCAUGAUUUGUGUUCCCUGUGGACGACACGUCAUUACACAUAAAGGGUGCACAGACUAGGGCACAAACAGGGGAGGUCCCAGACAGGUAUGGUAAAGUUUACAGUCUUUGUAUUUUGAGCUUAUGUACUUGCCAAACAAAACUAUUUAUAUUGAAUGGGCUGUCCACUUUGGAGAACCCCUUUUCAUUGACCAGGUCCCCUAAUGACUAUUUCGGUUGUUGGGACCCCCUGCUAAAGACAGUAUAAAGCCGCAUUUACAUGACCCUACAACGCUUGUAUUCGGCCUGUGUAAAGGUGCCUCAUGUCACCAAAUGAAUGAGUAAAACACUCAUUCGUGGAAAUGAUCUAGAGUGGACACCUCAAUCAUCGUUCCCGCUCUCCUGCCCAGAAACAAUAAUUUUGUAUGGGGGAUGAGAGAUUGCAGUAGCCAUCACUGGUCCUCAUACUGUGGGGGAGAUUGCUGCAUUCUUCAUCUUCACCUCCACCUAACAAGCAGCCGAUUCCUUCCUGACAAUCGUCUGCUCCUCGCAGCAUCUAAAUGCAGCUUAAGCAAUCAGCUCUGAUAAUGGAGGGGGAUCCUGCUUAGGGGCCCUUCUUCCAUGAUCUUCAUAAGCUCUUAUAGGGCAUUGUCCUGGACCGAUGGUGACACAGAUUGACUUCACAGCGACAUUCCUCUUCUCUGCUGGCAAUGUGGCGAUGGCUUUGUCCUCAGUUAACAACUCGUGGAACAUUGAAUAUUUGUUUUUUUGUUUUUUAUUCAUUUUGUAAACUAGUCUGGUCCAUAAUUAAAACUUGUAUUUCGUGUAG